UCUGACUCAAGGAAUAUUGUAUUUAUGACCACAGAUGUCAGGUGAAUGGUGAUGGCAUUAACCGAAAGGUUAUAACUGUAACGUCUGCAACAAAAACUGUGACGUAUAUAAGCUGGAGGUUAUGGAAAUAAUUCGUUUAUCCCACAGAUUAUACCAUUUAUACCCAUGGGGGCAUGAAGCACAAUAAUAUGAAAGCUUUGAUGUAAGAAGUCAUUCAUUAAUGAUGACACGGUAUACGUAACGGUCGCGUGUACAAAGUACAGGCACCCAGUGGUGUAGCCAGGGGGGUUAGAUGUUGACCCCCCCAUCACCCUCCGGCCGUAUUUUUAUCAAAAAUAUAAUAUUUAUAAUAUAGGAAUACAAUCAUUUAUUCGUGGUGAAAUGUAUUCUAUUAUGCCGUAUUCACGUUAUCGACUGCACUGGAUGAACAUGUUACUGUUGCUAGCGUUCUUAGCCGUGCAAUCAUGUCCCGGAAUCUUCGGCGCGCGGAUUUUGGCGGUCGAACCUCACGGCAGUAAGAGCCACUGGCAGUACAUGAAGUCCAUACUGGAUUUGUUGUCCACCCGACACCAGGUGACGGUCAUUACACCGCUACCGGCCGGUGAUCGGGAGAACUACACGGAAAUCGACGCGUCACAGGUGUUCCCCGUUUACCCGGUGAUGGACACGGUGUACAUGAUCGAGCAGUUCGGUUCGGUGGUGAACAUGCUGCCGCCGGUGCCAGAGCGCAGCCUCGAGCGCGACAUAUGCGACGCGUUCUUCGACUUCGGCCCUAUCAGGGACCUGUUGCGCCGCGGCCCCGACGGUCGGUACGACGUAGUGUUGCUGGAGCCGUUCUACUCGCCGUGUCUAUCGUACCUGGCACACAGGUUGCGCGUGCCCGAAAUCUACGCGAUCCCGUCGUCCAUGAUCACGCCCAUGGAAAUGUUGAUAUUCGGCACCGAUCCCAAUCCGUCGUAUGUGCCCAACCUGCUGUACAACGGCGCGUCCAUGGACGGUUUCGCACAGCGGCUGACCAAUGUGGCGCUGUUCGCGUACGUCAAGAUCGUGCCGUGGCUGACCAACGUCCGGAUGAUGUACCGCGAACCGAAACGCUACGACGUGCCCGGAGUUCGGCACAAGCCAUCGCUGGUGUUCAUCAACACGCAUUUCAUUACGGAAUCGCCACGACCGUUUCCGGUCAACAUGAUACAGAUCGGGGGCAUCCACCUGCGACCUCCCGGAGUGUUACCGGACGACAUACUAGAAUUUAUUGAAAAUUCGCCACAUGGAGUAAUAUACUUUACAUUUGGAUCCGUGUCAUCAAUGUCAGCUUUGCCAAAGCACAUUAAACAAACAUUCAUUGAAGCAUUUGCACAAGUUCCUCAAAGAGUAUUGUGGAAGUAUGACGGUGAAAUAAAUGGAUUGCCUGAAAAUAUAAUGACAAAAAAAUGGUUCCCACAACGAGAUAUUCUUCUUCAUCCAAAUAUAAAGUUAUUUAUAAGCCAUGGUGGAAUAUCUGGAGUGUAUGAAGCCGUAGAUGCUGGAGUCCCAGUUCUUGGAUUCCCUCUUUAUUAUGAUCAACCAAGAAAUGUUGGUAAUUUAGUGGAAGCAGGAAUGGCAUUAUCAAUGGACUUAUUGACUGUUAAUAAAAUUGCGUUUUUGGAAAAAAUUAACGAGCUAAUCAAUGAUAAAAAUUACUCUCACCGUGCAAAAAUCGUUUCGAAACGCUUCAAGGACCGCCCAGUUUCGCCAUCAGAAAUGGUUAACUACUGGUUCGAUUAUGUACUACGUCAUAACGGAGCUUACCAUUUAAACUCUAAAGCUCUUAAACUAACUUGGUACCAAUACUUACUGUUAGAUAUAAUUAUUGUUGUAGUAACAUCACUUAUUUUUUUUUCGUACUUUACGUAUAUCCUCUUCCAUUGGUUUCAAAAUUAUACAUUAAAGUUUUAUGAACUAAACAAAAAGUUCAUUACCAUUAAAAAAUAGGUAGUUAAUAAUCAUAUUAUAUAUUUAGAAAUAAUUAACCAAUGGCUUAUAACUUAUAAGUUAUAAUCUAAAUACUCUAAAUUGUAUUCAUACAUAAUAUGUAGUUUUCCUUAUUUCUUCAUUACUUCAUUUUAUAAACAUUCCAAAGAUGAUUAACAUGAAAGUCAUCAUCUAAAAUAUGUAUUUACGUAUGCCGUUUAACUUGUUCCUAUAUAGGACGCAUUUUCCAUAAACUUUAUACCUCAUAAAAUGCACUUAAAAGUGUAUCACAUAGAAAUUAAAUCAUAUAAAAAUCUAAAUUUACUGCAAAGUUUUAAAUGAGAAUAAUAAGAACUUAUAAAAUAUAAAUAGUAUAAUCAAAAUAAAAAUAAUAUCCAAUUAUUUAUAAGUUAUAAAUAAUAUUUAUUAUUGUUUAUUGAAUUCAAAUUUAAAAUAUUGUAAUUUUUAAAUAAAUAAAAGUUAGUUAUUUUGAUUUUCUGAUAUAAUAAUUUAUACGAAUUAAUAUAAUGUUUUUAAUAUUAAAAUGUUAAAAGUUACAUAUAAAAUUUUAUUAAAUUUAUAAUGUCUAUUUGAGUAUAGAUUUUCUUUUAGAAUUAAGAGGACGCAACACCCGCAUGUGUUGUCUCCGUCUUACAAGUAUAUAACAGCAAAUUUAGGCUCAGCAGAUAAUGUUUAGCUCCGUGAGUUUAAAAAUUAGAGUGAAAGAUUUAUUAUGAAAAACUUGAUGGUAAGAAUAUUAUUUGUGUUUGUAUGUUAGCUUUUUAUGAUUAUUCAGUUUUUAAGUGAGUUAUGAGUAUUUUUAAUUUACGCUAUAUUAUAUACGCAUAACUCGCUAAAAAAUUAAACUAUCAUAAAAAAUCAACAGACAAAUAUAAAUAAUGUUCUUACCAUUAAGUUUCAUAAUAGGUCGAUUCACUCUAAUUUUUAAACUCACGGAGCUAAACGUUAUCUGCUGAGCGAAAAUUUGCUAUGUUACGUACUUGUAAGACGGAGACAACAUAUGCGGAUGAGCGGAUGUGACGCCCUCUUAAUGGCUGAUCAUUUAAUAAAUCACUCUUACAGUCUUAUCCAAUAAUUUUGUAUUUAAGACUAGAUUGUACUUGUUUAUAGGUUCCUACUACAGUAAUUUAUAUUAUAUAGUUUUCUCAUUUCCUGUUAGACGACUAAAAACAAAUAUUUCUCCACCUCAUUUUUUCUGUACCGCAACUUUUAUCUUUUAAGUAUUAAUUAUCAAUUUUUUUUAUUAUAUAUAGUAUAAUAUAAGAGUGUUUGAUUAAAAUUUUUCUCAAUCGUUUUAGAAGUAUCUUCCUAUUGUUAUUUUAUGUUUAUUUAAAUACUCCAUACAAUCUCAAAUGUAUACCUAUUACUUUAUAUAAUGUAUAUUAUAUAGGAUUAAUAUAUAAG